AUGACAGAAAGGUUAACCGUCAUACCAGACAAUACUCAGCUCCACGAUCUCCAGCAGCUAGGUCCCGCCGCUCUCGAAGCCGAUCGCCAUAUCGCGCACCACGAGGAGAGAAACGCGGUCGGCAGGAUGACCAUGGCCCCGACCGAUCCCGCCACGAUCCCCGAACGUUUCACGAAUGGUCAGAAGGUAGAUCAGUCGAACAAUCACAACGACCGGAAGGCACGAGUGACUCAGAUUCAGCCGUCAUCGAAGGCAGCAACCUCGUCUGCUGUUCCGAGCAUAUUGAGCCAGGAGCCACAAGCAGAGACAUCGCAGAGUGACAAAACCUAUACAGAUCAGCCAGAGGAGCAUGAGCCGAUACCUGUGAUGGACGAAGCAGCCAUUAUCGAAGAGCGCCGCAAGCGGCGAGAAGCGAUGAGGGAUAAGUAUCGCGGGCAGGCCACACCACUACUUGUUCAAGCACUUCACCUCAACGCAGAUUCCAAUCGAGACACCCCAGGACCCACAGCAUCGGAGGGCGCCAGUCCCGCGGCGUCAACGCUGGGAGUGGUCGAUAAUGGCAGUCCACGAAGCCGAGAGCUUACACCGGCCUCACCUCGCAGCCCGCAAGUCAACAGCCAAGCUUCACCUGCCAGAUCUUCGGGCCAAGAUGACAUGUUCGCUGAUGGCGACCCCGAAGAGGAUGGACCAUCUGCUGCUGACUAUGACCCAACAGCUGACAUGCAAGACGAGCGUGCUCGCCACGACAGCAGAUUGUUCAAGGAAGACGAUAAAUCCAUCGAGGAAGCGGAAAAGCAAGUAGAAAUUCACGCCUCGAUCGAGGGCGACGAAGCACCGCCCAAAGCCCGCGAGUUUGACAUGUUUGCCGAUGACGACGAUGACGACAUGUUCGCAGAAGAAGCCCCGGCCAGGCCAUCAAACGCUACCGCGGUAGCUCCCAAAGGUGCACAAGCUCUCGAUGCUCGCCUGAUGGAUAAUUGGGACGACCACGAAGGCUACUACAUCACAAUACUGGGCGAGCUGAUUGACAACCGUUACAGCGUUACAGAUACUCUAGGCCGGGGCAUGUUCGCGUCAGUGAUCAGAGCGACGGAUUCGAAAACUAACAUGCCUGUUGCCAUCAAGAUAGUGCGUAACAACGAGUCGAUGAGGAAGGCCGGCGCAAAAGAGCUUGACAUCCUCCAGAACCUCGCCGCCAACGAUCCCGACGACAAAAAGCACGUCGUCCGACUACUGCGAUCCUUCGACCACAAAGGCCAUCUCUGCAUGGUCUUCGAGAACAUGUCAAUGAACUUGCGUGAAGUUCUCAAGAAGUUUGGGCGUGACAUCGGUAUCAACAUCAAAGCCAUCAGGGCCUACUCCCAACAGCUGAUGCUCGGUCUCAGUCUUCUGAAGAAGUGUCAGUACAUUCAUGCCGACUUGAAGCCAGACAACAUCCUCGCGAACGACGCCCACAACCUGAUUAAAAUUGCUGAUCUUGGCUCCGCCAGUCCCAUUACUGAGAACGCCACCGCGCCCUAUCUAGUCUCUCGCUUCUACCGUGCUCCCGAAGUCAUCCUCGGCAUCCCCUACGACUUCGGCAUCGACAUGUGGUCUGUCGGCUGCACACUAUUCGAGCUCUACACCGGCAAGAUCCUUUUCACGGGACGCAACAAUAACAACAUGCUCAGAGCCAUUAUGGACUGCCGCGGAAAGUUCCCACAUAAACUGCUUCGUCGUGGCGCAUUGAUAUACGAACACUUUGACGACCUGCUCAAUUUCAGAUCUCAGGAGACCGAUAAGGUCACGGGCAGAGUGGUCAUGAAGCUAGUGGAUAUCAAGGCCAAGCCAGUACGUGAUCUGCGCUCGCGGCUUAUGCCCAAAGGGAAGAAGAUGGAUGAUCAGGAGAGGAAAGAGCUGGAGAUGUUUCUCGACUUGUUAGACAAGUGUCUGGAUCUACGACCAGAGAAAAGGAUUACGCCGACGGAGGCUUUGAAGCAUCCAUUCAUCAUGCGUCCGAGGGUGUGA